AUGGCACUCGGUGAUUCACAAGUUCCAGUGUUUGGAACACAAUGGAGUGAUGCUCCAAGUCCAACUUCAGCUCAAAAAACAUCAGGGCAAAAUGAAAAUGAUGUAAUGAAGCUGGCAUUGGACAUGUACUUCAACGAUUACAAACACAAAUUCACCAUGGAGCACGCCUGGAGAGAACUGCGACAUGAUCAAAAGUGGGGAGGAAGUGGAAGUUCAAAAAAAAGAAGAACCGAUGCUGUUAGUGUUGAAGGAACCGAUGCUCCUUUCAGCCAUGGAGAGGAUGAAGGAGUUCCUCGGCCUGCUGGUGUAAAGGCAUCCAAGGCAAAAAAAACAACAAAGACCAAUUCUGCUAGUUUGGAAGAAGAUGGUAAGGGUUUAGUGGAGUUUAGAAGCAUCUGGGAGCUAAGGGAAAAGGAGUUAGCCUUGAAAGAUAAGACUAACAAGCAAAAGAUACUAGAGAAUCUGCUUGCCAAAACCGAUUCUCUUAGUGAUGUAGAAGUUGAACUUAAGAACAAGCUCAUUAAUGAAAUGUUGUCAAAUAUGUGA